CUCGUAUAGGCCAGAUCAGAAAAAGCCUGCCGAGGGCCCAAGAAAGUGGACGAUGGAACCAUGCGGGGAUUGUGGUUGUCGGGCUGUUUCUGAUUGCUGACGCCUACGUGCACGUAUGCUUUGUCUGGCGUUCUGCACUGCUGAGACUUUUAUAACAGCCAACGCACUUCUGACGCGGUGGGAUUUUUUCGAUCGUCGAGACCUGUCAGAGACUUACUUUUACUCGCACUGUUCGAACCAUGGAGCCUAAUCUACUCGUCGUUGCUGGAGCUGGUGCCGUGUUUGGACUGCUCGCACACUGGUUUUGGUUCAUUCGCGGCGAGCACAUGAAAUGGAUCAGGCCGUACGCUCUUACAAUCAUAUUUGGACCAGGCCUUGCCGCAGCCGGUCUCUGCCAUUAUCUUGACCUCACCUUCCUGCGCGCUUGCUUGACCGUUCUCGUCGCAAUCGUUCCGUUCUGCGCGACGCUUUUUAGCAGCAUCGCCAUCUAUCGUCUGUACUUCCAUCCACUUCGCAACUUCCCAGGCCCACCAGCCGCCCGGCUCACCCAGUUCGCUCACGUCCGAGAAGUGGCAGCCAAGUGCGACAACUUUAGGCACCUCGACAAGUUACAUGCCCAGUACGGAGAAUAUGUUCGCGCGGGGCCGAACUUGUUGUCCAUCGCCGACCCAGACUGGGUCGAGCCUGUUCACAAGGCCCAGACCAAGUUCGAGAAGUCGGAGUGGUAUGAUGGCGGCUAUCCGAUGACGACUCUUCAUCAGAUGAGGGACAAAGCCAUGCAUGACCGACGGCGCCGACAUGGAUGGGACCAGGCAUUCACCACAAAGUCGCUCCGUGCCUACGAUUCCCGCUUAAUCAAGUACGCAGACACGCUGGUCGACCAGAUCCGAAAGCGAUCUGGAGAGGUCGUCAACGGCACGAGCUGGCUGAACUACCUCGCAUUCGAUGUCAUGGGCGACAUGGCCUUCGGACGAUCGUUCGAGGCGCUCGAGAAAGGUGAAUCACACUUCUACAUCGACCUGAUCCACAACUCGGCCCAUCUGAUCGGUAUGCUCGGCACCGUCUCGUGGAUCCUCCAAGUGCUCCGGCUUUUCCCCAUCUCCUGGACUGCCGGGGGCAGAAUGCUUCUGUACAGCGAGCAGUGCGUUGACGAGAGAAGGAAAUACGAGCCGAAAGAACCGGACGUCAUGUCGCACAUCUUCGCCGCAGGAGAUUUCUUCAAAGGAGACAAGAAGAUGGAGCGCCUUCUUUUGAUGGGCGACUCGCGGCUCCUCAUCGUCGCCGGUUCGGACACGACGGCGACAACUCUCAUCUACCUCUUCUACCAUCUCGCCAAGGAUCCCUCUCUCGUAGAGAAACUGCGCGCCGAGUUGAAGGAGAAGAAUAUCGAGAACAACGAGUCAUUGUCCGUGUCUGCGCUCCAAUACGUGGAUUACCUCAACGCUCUGAUCAACGAGACCCUGCGCAUGCAUCCGCCUGUGCCUGGAGGAGUGAGCCGGCUUACCCCUCGCGAUGGCGUCGUCAUAAAUGGACAGCACCUUCCAGGCGGAGUCCAGAUCAUUGGGCCUCACUACACGAUCCAGCGAUCUCCACGAGCAUUCGUCAAGCCGAACGAGUUCAUUCCCGAGCGCUGGACCACUAAGCCCGAGUUGAUCUUGAACAAGAACGCCUUCUUCCCGUUUUCGAUUGGCAAGUUCAGUUGCAUCGGCAAGCAGUUUGCGCUCAACGAGCUCAGGACUGUUGUCACGAAGAUGGUGCUGGAAUUCGAUGUGGCGUUUGCACCUGGCGAGGACGGAACCAAGCUGUUGACUGAGAGCAAGGACGUGUUCACGAUGAGCAACGCCGAGUUGCGAUUAAUCUGGACGGAGCGGACCAAGAAGGAUUAGGUUUCAGAUACAGUACGCAGCAUGGCUGAGGUCGACAGGAUCUCGCGCAGACGUUGGAGCUAAGAUUGUAAACGAGCAUGCCGUCAUAUUGUAUAGAAUGCUUCGGAAGAGCUAGUACCGACGGCGUUCGAGAAGCAGAAUGAUA